AUGUUGCUCCCCACCAUCCUCCUUGCCCUCUCAUCCAUUGCUGGGUUCGCUACCUCGCAAUCCAUCGAUCCUUCAAACAUUUCCGAAGCUAUAAGACAGACAUGGUGCAAUAAUCAGAUGAGCUCCUGUCCCUUGAUCUGCUUGCAGCUCCCCGGAACAAGUGAAAACCCCGAUUCAAAUGAGUGUGACGCGGACACCCUCCAAUACUCCUGCGUUUGCAGCAACGGAAUCACCCCCAACACGUCCGAAUAUACCCUCACAAUGCCCUACUAUCUCUGCACAGAAUUCAAUAACCAAUGCGUAAGACAUUGUGGCGACGACUCCUCCUGCGUAACGGCCUGUCGCGCGGACCACCCCUGUGGUGCCCAGAACCCCAAACGUGUCAACACCACUUCCACUGCCCCCACGGCCUCGCAGACAGGCACACCUUCCGGAACAAAUACGGGUGGUGUCGUCUACACGGGCCUGGGUGAGGGCGCGACUUCGGCGCCCGGGAAAGGGACCGCGGGACACGCUGUGGCGUUGCAUAUCGGCCAGGUGUAUGGGGCUGGUGUUCUGGUGGCUGCUUUCCUUCUAGGGUUUUCGAUGCUGGUGUAG